AUGGCGGUGAACCGACAGAUGCACCAGCUAGUUGAACAAUUUCUGAAGCUAAAGCCGCCUAAGUUUACUGGAAAAGGUGACCCCGAGGCUACACCAAGAUGGGUAGAGGAAUUAGAGAAAGCAUUUGAGGUGUUGAGGUGCAUCGAGAGUGAGAAAAUAACCCUGGCUGUGUACCAGUUGCAAGAGAACGCAAAUGAUUGGUGGAAGGCCACCAGUGCUAGGGUGUUUCCUAAAGGUGUCGCCCAGACUUGGGCUGCGUUCACAGAAAGUUUCUAUGGGAAAUACUUCUCGGAUAGUGCCAGGGAAAGGAAGAUAGCAGAGUUUAUGCAACUCUGCCAAGGUCAAAUGAUUGUAGAUCAGUACGAGGCGGAAUUUGCUAGAUUGUCCAAGUUUGCGCCGAGGAUGGUGGAACAUCCCGAGGAUAAGGUACGAAGGUUCCGGGAAGGAUUGAAACCUGAUAUUCGCACUCAGUUGAUACCGACAAAUUUGAGGACCUAUGAGGACAUUUAUGAUAGAGCUCAGGCUCUUGAGCGGGACCAAGUAGAUAGGGCAGCCGCAUCUGGAUCGCGGUUUGCCUAG